GUGAGACUCCACCUCAGAAAACAAAAAACCACAGUCUAUUUUUUUUCUCUCUCGAAUUCUACCUGACCUUAAGGGGUACUAAGGAAAGGGAUGGUGUGGGAGAUGUCGAACUCUCAGAGACAGGAAGUUGAGGAGGAAGAAACACAAAAGCUUGCAGGUUCAUCUGUUAUAUGGGAUAAAAGAAAAAAAAAAAAAAUAAAAGAGAAACAGAGCUUUCAGGAAAGAUUUCUAAGGCCGCUGAAGUCAUACCAUCGAUUAGAGCCUGACGCAAAGUUACCCUUUCCUGGCUGUUGCUGAAAUCUAAGGGACGAUGAUGAGGUGGACAAGGAAGCAUGGAGAAAACGUCUGAAGGAAGCAAUCGACUGCACAUGCUGAGACGAAGGGAAGAGUCGAGUGGAUUUCAGCUUAGGUGUCUGUAAGUAUGUUGGUGCAUUUCAGGAAAAGACGGCAAAGGGGAGGUUGUUUGCAUGCGUUCGCGUUUGGAUAGGCUGAGGUUGAGUUUGAGGUGCUCGUUGGGACAAGUAGGUUGAAGUAUUCAUUAAGUAGUUAGGUAUAAGGGGGUCUGAGCUUCUGAAACAAAUUUGGAUGUUAGUUGCAAGUAUAGAAAUGGGUAAGACUUUAGGAUAAAAUUGGAGAUAGGGAUGCAGAGUCCGGCUGGACUCGCAGAUUUAGAGAUGGGCAGUGGAGCGGGGAGCAGGAUGAGAAAAGUCGGCGAGGUAAGAAAAACGGAGGGCGACAUUUUGAAAGCCAAGGUAGCAAGUUUCAAGGCCGCCUCCUGGAGGUCAAGAGGAGGAUGACUAGUCUACUGUAGCUUCGGUCAAACCGCAUUCCGAGGAGUGCAGGCGUGUGGGGGUGGAGCAGAGACAGGCCCCUGCCGGCGGCUACAUGGAGGGUCGAGAAUGGAGGCAGCCUUAACAGUACGCGUAUUUUGAAAGGGAAUUUGGCUGUGACCAGACAGAAAGGGCGGGACUUGGUACUUCAUAGCUCAGGAGGAUAAUCAGCCUCAGAAUCCCCUAUUCUUGUGUGAGAGUAACCCUCCGUCUGUGGAUGUCUUCUGCAGACCCUUGCAGGUCCAUCCUGGGAUUUGACGACUGUAAACUGGGGACAAGCAAAAAAAAACCCACAGUGCCACUCGGUAAAAAAAGAACCAGCGUUUUGUUUGAAAGCCUACUCUCUUUAAAGGUCCUGGCAUGCAAAUAAGGGGCUUUAAUGUGGCUGUCAGCGAUUGGUAGAUACUGACAACAUCCGUCAUUUCCUUUCGGCGCAGGAUGCAAACCGAGAGGCGGCUUUCUGCUUCCCUAUUGGCUGUUGGAUACGGCUCCGCUUUCAGCCAAUCAAACGGCUUCCCUUCACCCCUCCCGGUGGCUCUUAUAAAUUACAUCAAAUUGGUUAUCCCUUCCACAUUCUUCUCCUUGAAAAAGAAGCUGUGACUGCAAUUUUAGCCGUAAUGUCGGGACGCGGAAAGCAGGGGGGCAAGGCCCGCGCUAAGGCCAAGUCGCGCUCGUCCCGCGCUGGCCUCCAGUUCCCGGUGGGGCGAGUGCACCGCUUGCUGCGCAAAGGCAACUACGCGGAGCGGGUGGGGGCCGGCGCCCCGGUGUACCUGGCGGCGGUCCUCGAGUACCUGACUGCGGAGAUCCUGGAGCUGGCGGGCAACGCGGCUCGGGACAACAAGAAGACGCGCAUCAUCCCUCGCCAUCUGCAGCUAGCUGUGAGGAAUGACGAAGAACUCAACAAGUUACUCGGGGGUGUCACCAUUGCCCAGGGCGGCGUCUUGCCCAACAUCCAGGCUGUCCUGUUGCCCAAGAAAACGGAGAGUCACAAGCCUGGCAAAAACAAGUAAUUAAGAGGCUUGA